GCCUCACAGUCGAAUUUUAAAAAUCGAACGGAAUUGUCUUGUCGCGGAGGGUCGCGUCGUUUCGUUGCUGUCGCGCCUCAGUCAAAAUCACCUUUAAAGUAGUACACGGCCAAUAAAUUACGAUUUUUCGGAGGUGUUAUCAAAAACAACGGGAUUAUAAAAUCACACACGCCUACGCCAGUAGCUCUUCCUCUUCUUUUUCGCUCUGCGCGCUCCGCUUUUUUACCUGCAGCGCAGUCGCGACAGCUGGAAAUUAGUAAAACACAUACGAAAAAGUGCAAAUUGGAUAAAUAAAACGUCGACAGUCGAUCGGCAGUUUUUUAUAUAACGAAAACAACCAAGCAAACCAGUUAUUAGAUGUUUUCUGUGAAAUAGUGUAAAACAAAUUCUCGGCCCAUACCUGCACACACAACAAAUACAUUCCCAUAGUUCCUACUCCGAUCCGAAUCCGAAUCCGAUCAGGUUCUCCAAAAUCGCAAGUCCCAACAGUCAAUAUGCAAAAUUGAGCCUAUGGUUUUCGUGUGCGAAAUCGUGGAGUGGUAAAAGUGUCCCUAGAAAAGUGGAGAAUUGUACGUGUAGCAACAAUAUCCUGGUGUGUAAAUAAAAGUGCUUAUACAUACACACGCAGUCGAAGAAAUAAGAAUUGAAGAAGGAAAGAGCGGCAAGAUGAAUAAAACCUGUGCGCGUUGCCAAAAGGUGGUUUAUCCCAUCGAGGAGCUCAAGUGUCUGGAUAAAACAUGGCACAAAACGUGUUUCAAAUGCACAGAAUGCGGCAUGACGCUCAAUAUGAAAACCUACAAGGGCUACAACAAAAUGCCCUACUGCGAGGCACACAUACCGAAGGCCAAGGCAACGGCAAUUGCCGAUACGCCCGAACUGAAGCGCAUCGCAGAGAACACGAAAAUCCAGUCGAACGUUAAAUAUCACGCGGACUUCGAGAAGGCCAAAGGCAAAUUUACACAGGUGGCCGAUGACCCGGAAACGCUGCGGAUCAAACAGAACACGAAGCACAUAUCGAAUGUGGCAUAUCACGGCGAUCUGGAGAAGAAGGCGGCCAUGGAGAAGCAGCGAGGAUCCGCCGAGGUUUCCGACAGCAGCAAUGAAUCGGAAUAUUUCUCUGAGCAAUUGGCAGCUGAACAAUUCUCGCAAUAUGCACCCACAGCCUCACCCAUACCGCCAGCAGUGACAACAACACUACACCAGCAACAUCAACAACAGCAACAACAUCAGCAACAGCAACAGCUGCAACAGCAAUACCAGCAGCAACUGCAGCAGCAACACCAACACUAUCUGCAACAGCAGCAACAGACUUUGCCACCGCCACCAAUACAACAUCAGCAAUACAAUACAGCGGCCAUAACGCCCACAUACCAACAACUCCAACAACAGCAACACCAGCAGCAACAGCAACAACAACAGCAACAGCUGCAACAACAGCAACAGCGGGCACAGCAGCAAAUGCACGAUCCAUACGCACACUACCAGCAACCGCAGGCACUCCGCCAGCAGCAACAGCAGCAGUUGCUGCAACAGCAAGCCAUUAAACAAGCCUCACAUCUGUAUCCCACAGCAUCAUCCCAACAGCAGCAGCAUCAGCAGCAGCAACAGCAACAGAUGCCGCCACCUCAGUCGCCGGUUAAUCCGCAGCAGCAGGCGCUCAACAGCUACAACGAGAUGCGUUCGGCCAUCCUCCAGAACUCCCAUCAUCCCAGUGGAAACUCCGUGGAUCAGUACGACCAGCCGCAGCAGCAUAACAGCAACCCCACGCUGGUUGCAGCUCCGCAGCAGCAGCAGCAACAGCAGCAAUCGCAUCACAGUUUGUUGAACAACAAUGCCAGCAACGGUGGCAUUUCGCACAGCAGCAACCACAGCAACAUCAACAACAAUGGCCACGGAUCCCAGAGCCAAAUACGCCGUUCGGCGGCCAAUGUUGCGGCCUACGAUGGCAGUGGCAACAACAAGCAACAAGUGGCAGCAGCAGGACCAGCAGGAGUGGUACCCAAUCACCUGCAGCAGCUGUACGCAUCGCCCAAUUAUGCCGCCGUGACGCCAUCGGAAAAUGCAAUUAACGUUAAGCAGCACGCCAGCAAUGGCCAUGUGCCAAAUCAACAGCAGCAGCAGCAGCAACUUGUGGCCGGCGGCAGCAAUAUUGGGAAGAUAGCGGACUACGAUCCGCUGACGGAUGGACCAAGGGUGGUGCCCAAUGCCGGCAGAUCGAGCACCACCUUGGUCUACAGCUCCGAGCCGCGGGGCAUUCAAGGUGGCAACAGCGUUUACCCUAAGCGAAUUGGCUCUGUUUCGGAUAUUGAUCCUGCCAAUGGCAUCUACGGAUCACUGAGUGGAGCCGAGCAGGCGCACCAGCAGCAGAAGCAUCAGCAGUACUACCAGCAGGUGCAGAUGAUGCAGCAGCAGGAGCAUCCGCCGCAGCAGCAACAGCAGCAGCAGAUGCGCCAGCAGCCAUCCUACUCCUCCCUGCAGGACAAACAGUCGCGACAGACAUUGCGCGUUUAUCGGGCCAUCUACGACUACGAGGCGCAGGACGUCGACGAGGUGAGCUUCCGCGAGGGCGACGUCAUCUUCGAGGUGGAGUCCAUCGAUUCCGGCUGGAUGACCGGACGGGUGGAGCGCACCGGCAAGACCGGCAUGCUGCCAGCCAACUAUGUGGAGCAGGCGGUUAUAUAA